CAUCUCCCCCGGCGUUUCUCCGUCACAGAUUUUGCAGAUAUGGAUUCGUCUUCUACGUCGAAUUUUUCUCCGGGAGCUUCGUUGUUGAAGCGGAAUUCUAAUGAUGUUAGAUGGGAAUAUGGAAUUUUGUAUGACUCGAAAAAUCCAGAUAGAGUUAAAUGCAAGUUGUGUGGGAAAGAAAUGGGAGGAGGUGUGUAUAAGAUUAAGGAACAUAUUGCUCACCGUAAGGGGAAUGUUUCCUCGUGUCCACGGUCUACGAAAGAAGAUCAGUUUAAAUGUAUGAAAGCGAUCUUGGAAGCGAAGAACAAGAAGAGGAAAAUGAAAAGAGAAGCUGAUAUGUUUAGUUUGGAGGUUUAUGAGCAGAAUAGAGAGGAUGAUUCGGAUGAAGAUCCAAUGGAUAAGUUCGUGAUGGCCGUUACUACCGAGGAUUCUUUAGGUGGCGAAACAGGACAAGAAAACACUAAUGAUGUGGUUUCUGAGGAGAGAAUGAGUUCAGUGCAUCAGUCUUGUGGUAGAUGGAUAUAUCAGUCUGGUAUUCCUUUUAAUGUCAUUGAGAGUGAUUCAUUUAGGUCGUUUUGUGAAGCUUUAGGGCGAUUUGGACCUGGUUGGGUUCCUCCGAACCAGUGUGAACUGAGGGAAACAUUGUUGGAGGAAGAAGAAGAAAUAAUUAAGGAAAAACUGAAGAGCUUAGAGGUAGAACAGGAACAGAAUGGCUGCUCUAUAUUGAUUGAUGUAUGGAGCGACACAAAGAAGAACAUAAUGAAUUUGUGUGUCAAUUCAAGAGGAGGGACAUGUUUUGUUUCUUCGAAAGAGGUUUCCAAAGAACCUCAGACUGGUAAAUUUAUCUUUGAGUACGUUGAUAAAUGCAUAGAGGAUGUUGGUGCUGAGAAGGUCGUUCAGGUAAUAACUGACAGUGCGGAGAACAACUUAGCAGCAGCAAAGAUGUUGAAAGAGAAGAGACCAGGUAUAUUUUGGUCAUCAUGCGCUGCUGACACAGUUAAAUUGAUGCUUGAAGACAUUGUUAAGUUGCCAAAGAUUUCAAAAUACAUUGAGAAAGCUAAGGCUGUGACCAUGUUCAUAUAUGGUCAUGAAAAGACCUUAGCUAUGAUGAGAUGUCAUACAAAGGAAAGGGAUAUUGUAAGAGCUGGAGUCACAAGAUUCGCAACAACCUUCUUGACCUUGCAAAGAUUGUUGGCGAGGAAAGAGCAAUUAAGGUUUAUGUUUGUUAGUGAUGAAUGGGACAAAUGCAAAGAUUCCAAUUAUGUAAAGGGUAGAAGUGCCUACUAUACAUGUCCUGCGUUUUGGGAUGGGGUCAAACGAGUUGUGAAGGUUUUGGAGCCUUUGGUCAAAGUUCUUAGGAUGGUCGAUGGAGAGAAAAAACCUUCAAUGGGGUUUAUUUAUGGAGAAUUAGUGGAAGCCAAAAGAUCUAUCAAAGCUGCUACUAAAAACUUGGAAAGGUACUACCAACCUAUCUUAGAUAUCAUCGAUGAGAAAAUUAAAGGUAGGUUGGAUUCUCCAUUACAUUUGACCGCUUACUUGUUGAACCCGUUUUACUUCUAUAACGAACCAACCAUUCAACUGGACGGGACACUCAUGACUGGCUUUCUCAAUUGUGUUGAGACUUUUUACCAUGGUGAGCUCGAGAAACAAGAUAAAGCUGUCGACGAGUUUAGAAUUUAUCAGGAUAAAGAUGUUUUUUUUGGAACACCUUAUGCAUUAAGAGGAUGUGAACAGAAUACCGACGAGUUUGGUCCAGAGCACUGGUGGUCAACAUACGGAGUAUCUGUGCCUAGUUUGGAAACACUAGCGAUGAAGAUUCUCUCUUUAACUUCUAGUUCAUCUGGUUGUCAACGAAACUGGAGUACAUUCGAAGAGAUUCACAAAAGUGAGAGGAAUAGACUAGACACUGAUCAAAUGAACAGUGUAGUUUAUGUGCAAUUCAAUUCGAAGUUGUUCAACAAGCGAAAGAGGAUCAAAGAGGAAAAUGCCGAUGUGCUUGUAGAUGGUGCUGAGGAAAAUAUAGAGGACUGGUUUGUGGAGCUGGAUCGAGAUGGAGAGGAAGAUAAACUUAUUGAUGAAGAUGGUGAUGAUAAUCCCUUCCACAUUGAGUUUGAAUCAGAGGAUGAACAAGUGUGAUUGCUGUGGGUGAGUUUUAAGGAGUAAACCAUAUUUAGUAAAUUAUGCAAAUAUUUAAGGACUUUGGAUUUAAGUGCUUCUAGUUAAAAUAUCAAUCUAUUUGGAUAAGUAUAACACUUUUAGGAAA